CCACAUCUUCCAGCUCACAACAUUUUCCAUCCAACUGACAACAAAAACAUAAAUAACGGCCAGCUGACAAAUCUAAAAAUAAUACCUUGAGUUAGUUAAUCUCAUUAAAUAAUUAACGUAUGGUGAAAAGUUAAAGGCUUUUCCAAUGAAAGCAGUUCUUUCAAGCCCUAAUUACGCUAAAACUGAAAGCUGUCAAGUUCAAAACCGGAUUUGGAUGCCCAUGAACUCAUCUCUAUGCCUUUUGUGACGUCCAAAGUAUUAAUCAUAGAUAAUUAGCGAGUAGAAAAAAUGGUUACGACAACGGUGAUAGCGGAUUUAUGCAUUUUCCUGCUUACAUGGAAUGUUGGGACACAUUCGCCGCGGGAUCAGCAGUUGGCAUCGCUACUGGCUCUCAAUGGAAACAGCACCUGCCCGGGAAAUCAGCUACCCGACAUAUAUGUGAUCGGAAUGCAGGAGGUGAGCACCAAACAGGUGCUGAAAAUCUUCCAAGAUGAUCCCUGGGUGCUCAAGAUUGCCAGUGCUCUGCAAGAGCACGAGUUUGUUAAAGUGGAGGCCAAACAGCUUCAGGGGAUUCUUAUCACCAUGUUUGCCCAGCACAAGCACAUCCCUCACAUGAAGAACAUUGAGACGGAGGCGACACGAACUGGGCUUGGUGGUCUAUGGGGAAACAAAGGAGCUGUGAGCAUCCGGCUAUCCCUAUAUGGCACAGGAGCUGUUUUUGUUUGCUCCCAUUUGGCGGCCCACGACGACAAGUUGAAGGAGCGCAUUGAGGACUACCACCAGAUUGUGGACAACCACAAGUAUGAUUCAGUGGGUUAUCGCAGAAUAUUCGACCACGAUUUUGUGUUCUGGUUUGGAGAUUUGAACUUCCGCCUGUCCGGAGAUAUGUCUGCUUGGGAUGUGCGCACAGAUGUGGAAAAUAGACGCUAUGCUGAUCUUCUCAAGCUGGAUCAAUUAAAUAUUCUGAGGGAAAAGGGCAACGCCUUCAGCCUGCUGGAGGAGCAGCAGCCUGACUUUGCGCCCACGUUUAAGUUUGUCGAGGGCACCAACGAUUACGAUUUGAAGCGACGACCCGCCUGGUGCGAUAGAAUCCUGCAUCGCGUGCAGAGCAACGUUUAUCCGAGCAUUGCCCUCAGCGCCAAUCAGUUGUCGUAUCAAUCGCAUUCGGACUAUACGCUCUCCGACCAUCGACCCGUAUCCGCCACAUUCAACUACAAGGUCGAGUCCGUCAACCAGACCUUCACCGACGAGGAGCUAUACGAGAUGACGCACGGAGCUGCUUCCAAUCCAACCGCUGCUCCAAAUGUUAGUUUAACCUUCGCCUUUAUUUUGCUUGUAGCCGUGCCGUAUUUUCAACAUUGAUUUUGCUUCUUUUGUAGUUGUUGUUUAACGCUGAACUAGAACAGUGGUAACGCCGCCAUGACGUCCCAUAGUUGUUAACUAUUAAUUGUGUCAAUCGAUAUGCUUCUAGAUAAAAUCUAAAGUAGAUUUAUAGAGUAACGUUAAAGACUUCCUUUCAGAAGGAGAACCGUGAAUGAAAUAAAUAUCAAGUACAAUGUGAUGGAAUCUCAGCUACAAAAGCAAUACAACAAGUAAUUCUCGAGUGAUUUAAAUAUCAGAUAUACAGAUAUCAU